GGCUCGAGCAGCAGCUCGGCGUCGCUCAGCGGCAUGUCGAGCUCGAGCAGCGCCGCCAGCCUCGGCAGCGGCGUGGCGCGCCAGUGGCAUGCGCGCGCUGCCACGCGGGCUGCGCGCGACUGGCCCUCGCCGCCCGUGCGUGUCCUACCAGUGCCCAAGGUACAUGCGGCUGCCGCUGCUACGCCGGCAAAGGCGCACGACGCCCCACCAUCCAGGGCGCAGGGCUCGCCGCCGGAGGUCGAUCGUGCGGCACAGGCAGCUGCGCAGCGGCAUCCCAACGGCUAUCCAGGCCAGGUCACGGGCGUCACGCGGCGGCGCAGCGCGCAGAACAUCGUCCUCCUGGCCAGGUCGCAGCCAGCGCGCGAGCCGCAGCAUGUGGCGCCAGAUUCGGCAGGCGCACUCUCAAGAGCAACAGCAGGCGGGCUGAUUCCUCGUGCUCCGCGUGAGACGCACUCGAGCCCGCCCCAGCCGCGCAGCUCGGCGCGUCGCCGGCCGGCAGAGUGCACCGGCUCGCCGGGCAAGCCGCGCACCGCCACCAUGCCGGCACCGGCGGACAGCGUCCUCCCGCGCUACUCUGACGCCGAAGGCAUGGCACGUGUGCGCGCAAAGGAGGCUGCCACGCAGGAGCGCUGGCGGCGCGUGCGCGAGCAGGUCGAUGCGCAAAAGGAGCGCGAGCGGCGACGCGAGGAGGAGGAGCGGCAGGCGAGCAGCCGCGACAGCGAGUGGAUCUCGACGGACGCGGACAUGAGUCGCGGAUCGAGCGCCCAGGGCCUGGCUCCGCCUGCGCGCCUUGCCGGCGAUGUGCCGCUCUCCAUCAACGAGAUCAUCCGCCGCGGCUCCGAAGGCCUUCGUAUCGCGCCGCGUGGCUGCGUUGGCGCCGACUCGCCGGCGUCGCCGUCGACGCUGCAGCGCAGUCCACGCCUCGAUCUGCGAGCUGCUGCGGCGGGUGCCGCUGCCGACGUGCCCGCAACGUAUGCAGCGUCGAGCCAUGCACUCGGCAGGGAUUUGCCGCACACGCCGCGCAGCGCACGUGUGCCUGUGCGCAGCAUCAACGACAUCAUCAAUGGCAUUCCGCUCCCGCCGGCAGCUCUGCGCAGCGACGCCAGCGCGGCAAACCAGAGCGACGCAACGCCCCGCCUGCGCACUAUCAGCGCGGCAGCAUCCGAUGACGGCACGCUCAGCGAUGCGUCAGAGUCGAGCGUCGACUCCGUCGGGCGCGAAGUGCGCGAGACCUUGCGCGCCUCGCAGUUGAUCAACCCGCAAACGCGCACACAUCGCUCGCUGCUCAAGGACCGGCGAGAUGCAGCCGCAAGUCCCACACUAGAGCUGCCGGACACGCACCGUUUGCAUCACGCCACGAGCUUUCCGACUCGGCCCGCGCGCAACCAGACACCGUCGCCGCAACUCGGAGCCAGCGAGUUCGGUGCGCUGCAGAAGCCGCCGGUCUACGCGCGCAAGUCUGCGCCGGGCUCGGCAAACGCGAGCGUGCGCAACCGCACGCUAUCCAACAUCAGCGUCGCUUCGGCGAACGCCCGUCUCGCCUCCUCGCAGACACCUCGCUCAGCUGAGGCAGCGCCGCCUGUCCCGUCGCUGUCGGCCAGCGAAGAUGCCAGCGUCAGCAGCUUCAUCCGCUCGUCGAAGCUGACGCGCGUCGUGACGCUCUCGCGCGCGCCGUAUGCUGGCCUGCGCGUCUCGCUCGCAGACGUGGGAGACCCAGUCGGGCACCCAGUCGUUGUCUUCCUCGGCCUUGGCGCCGUGCGCUACCUCGUCGGUCUCUACGACGAGAUGGCAGCCGCAAUGGGCCUGCGCCUCAUCUGCGUCGACCGCUGGGGCAUGGGCCGCACCGACGACCUGCCCUCGGAGCGCCGCGGCGUGCUGCUGUGGAGCGGCGUAGUGCACGAGGUUGCGGACGAGCUUGGCUUGUCGCGCUUCUCUGUCCUUGCGCAUUCGGCAGGCGCCCCGUACGCUAUGGCGACCUGCCUCACAAGCUCGCCCGGCACAAUCGCAGGCCCUGCGCAUCUUCUGGCGCCGUGGGUUGGUGCCGAGGUGGAGAGCGGGUACAAGUGGCUCAAGUACGUGCCCGACGGCAUCAUCAAGACGGCGCAGGCGGCAGAGUGGCGCAUGCAGGGCUGGAAGCUCGGCAAGCUGCCGACGCUGCAGACCGACACGCCACCGCUCGGCACGGCCGCGUCACGCAAAGGUCGUGGCUCGCAAGAGCCGUCGAGCUCAGAUCCGCCGAUGUCGCCACACGAUGCAUCGCAGAACGCAGCUGAUGUGUCACUCGACGCAGCGCUCAAGACGCCUACGCUAAAUGUGCCAAGCCCCGUGCUCUCCUCAACACGGCCGCUCAAGCAAAAGUCGAGCAAGACCGGCCUCUUCGGCGGAAUCUUCGGCGCCACGAACGGGCCGCAGUCGCCGCGCCGCUCGCCAACGCCGUCCACACCCGCUACGCCUGCGCUGCCCGAUGCCUCUGCGCUCUCGUCGCCCAGGCAGACUGCAGCGCCGUCGGCCUUUGCCAGCAUCGCAGCGCGCAGCGAGAUGCCGACGUGGGAGUCUUCCAGCUCACUUGCGGGCAGUGCGGGAGCGGCACGCUUGGACACGUCGCCAGCAGCAUCGCGCGACGCGCGGCCGUCGCUUGACGGCGUGCCCAAGCUCACUGCGCGCCGCAGUCUGCGUGUGCUGAAGCGUUCGGCGUCUGGCGUGGACGUGACUGCGGCAGCAUCCGUGCCUGCAGAUCCGUCACAAGGGUCGAAGGUCACGCGGCGCAGCAGUGUCAUGGGCCCUGCCGACGGCGCCCGUGGCAGCAGCGCAGGCUCCACUGCCCUGUCAUCGCCUGCCGCUCUCUCAUUCCCAGCAUUUCAAGAUGGCAGUGGCCCGUCGACGCCGACGCACGCAGCCUCGUCGUCCUCGUCUGUCUCCUCUGCCACGACCCGCGGCGGCUCCAGCGGGCCGGCGAGCGACCUGCCCACGGCGCUGCUGCGUGCCUCGCACGCCGAGUCGCUCGCCGGCGGCACGGCCGACCUGCUCACGAUCCUCGGCCGCUCGUCGCAGCGGCCGUGGGGCUUCUCGUACCCGGAUGUGCGGCACCCUGUGCUCGUCUGGCACGGCGACCGCGACGAGCGCAUCUCACUCGCGUCUGCGCAGUGGAUGGAGCGCGAGAUGGCAGACUGCACCGUGCGCGUCGUCAAGGGCGCCGGCCACGGCCUCAUGACCAACAUCGACGUCGUCGUGUCCGCUCUCGAGAGUAUCGCCUCAUACCGCGACCUCUGAGUCCUGCUUCCUUAUCUGCCUCCUCACAUAUCCUCGCCGCGUCCUAAUCAUUCCGUCACGCUCUCCUCUGCUCCUGCCGCCAUACCCGCCGAGCGCCAGCGCGCGCUCUCAUCCCACAUGCACGCAUGCAAUCGAUUCCCUCC